AUGAGAAGUCUUUUGGAUGAAGGAGACAUCAAUCUUCCGAGUAUUGACACAUUUUAUGAUGGUGUCAGGGAGUUCUAUAGUACAGCCUUUGAAUAUUGCACCAAAUGGUUGCUACUCAACAACACCUUGCUGAAAAACGGUGUUUUCGUUGAUUUCAAGAAAAGAAAUCAAUGCAGCAUGGACAAUGUUGAAGAAGUCCUUUCUGCUCUUGAACACAUUCACAGUGAUUUAAUCAAUGAUCCUCGGGCAAUGGAUAUUUUAGAGGAGGAGUUUCUUGCUUAUCAGGCAAUGGCUGAGACAGAUAUUCCUGAACACAUAUGGAAGGAGUCUGUGUUUACAGAGAAAACCAAUGUUGAUGGUUGUGAAACAUUAACAUAUCAUCGUAUGGAUAUGAUUUAG